GCGAAGGUCGGCCCCGGCAACAUGGCGGCCCCCUUGGAGCUCACUUGUUGGGGAGGCGGCUGGGGUCUGCCCUCGGUGCACAGCGAGUCCCUGGUGGUGCUGGCUUAUGCCAAGUUUUGUGGUGCGCCCUUGCAAGUCCACGUCGUAGAUAACACCUGGCGAGGUUCGAGAGGCGAUGUACCAAUUUUGACAGCUGAAGACAGCAUUGUUUGUCAGCCUGCAAAAAUCCUCAAUUUUUUAAGGAGACAGAAAUACAACGCUGACUAUGAGCUGACUGCAAAGCAAGGUGCAGACACGUUGGCUUACGUCGCUCUCCUGGAAGAGAAGCUCCUGCCUGCCGCGCUUCACACAUUCUGGGUUGAGAGUGACAAUUACUUUACUGUGACAAAGCCGUGGUUUGCCUCUCGGAUUCCUUUCCCCUUGAGUUUGAUCCUGCCCGGAAGAAUGUCUCGGGGGGCGCUGAACAGGAUUCUCCUGACCAGGGGAGCGCCCCCCCUCUACCAGCUCCAAGAGGUGGAAGCACAGGUAUGGUCCGCAUUGCUCUCCGAGAAGGGGCGAGAGCGCGCCCAGAUCUACAGAGAUGCCAAGGAGUGCCUCAACCUUCUGUCAUACAGACUGGGGACGUCUCAGUUUUUCUUUGGAGACACGCCCUGCACCUUGGAUGCCUACGUUUUUGGCUUCCUCGCACCGCUGUACAAAGUUCGGUUUCCUAAAGUCCAGCUGCAGGAGCACCUGAAGCAGCUCUCCAACCUGUGUCGCUUCUGUGACGACAUCCUCCACAGCUACUUCAGGCUCACUCUCGGAGCGUUUUCCUGCAUGAACAGAAAUCAGCAGCAGAUUGAUUUUGGUGAGGUACACUCCCCUGAUUCUACUCCCUGAAAACCGAUUGCAUCAGACUGGAGGUAUCGUAAAUAGAGGGCACCUGUCACUUUGGAUAGGAUACUUGACAGUGUGGGGCCUUGUGCUUAAGUCACUGGCAUACUAAAUUUGUAUUGGGAAAGAUGGCUGAAGCUGUCUUUUUAAGAAACAAAAGUGAUAAAGAUAACUGGGUUAGGUGGGACCAUAGGCACAUGCACACACACAUAUAUUUUGAGUGGGUUUUGUGAUUUGUAUAAAGGGAGGGGUUAAUAAUUUGGGAGUCAUACAAUUAAAUAACACUUAACCUUGUUACUUUGAGCAGUGGUUAGCAAACCUGCCUACAUGACAGAAAAUCUUGGGUCCUAUUCCAGAUUUACUAACAUGGCCUCUCGGGGAUAGACCUCAGGAAUUGGAGUUUUUAAGUCCCUGAUACUUCGCAUGCCUGCUGGGUAGCUAUCUGGGGGUGACCGUCUUAGAAAGCUGUCCAAGGACCUAACUGAAGUGUGGGGAGGGGCGGGCCCGAGGACUGCUUGGCUCCCUGCAUGUCACCCGACAUGGUCUGCUUUGCAGACACGCUUUAUCCUUUUGUUAAUAUUUGGUUUCCGAGCUUUCCUGACCUUUGUAACUGUGCCUUUGAACCCAGAAUGGUUUUUCUCUGCAUCCUGGGGGAGGGCGGGGCAAGUGGCAGAGUGGGUGGACCCCAGAUCUUCCCGGCUGAGCAGCUCUAAAGGCUUUCUUGUCUCCUGUCCUCUGGUUUCCGUCCUGGCUUUUUAGGCACCCCUCCAGCUGGGCCUGAAUCGGUAGACGCCAAUCUGCGGAAGCUCACGCAGCUGGUCAAUAAGGAGUCCAACUUGAUUGAAAAGGUCAUGUUUCCAUCACUCAUUGUUUCCUAGUAUAGUGUUUUUUCUUUCUGCCAUUAAUAUUAUCAUUCAGGCCACGUAUUCACUGCCCAACCCUCUCAGUUUUUAGUUUACUUUCCAGAAAGCUAUUUAAGUGGACGUUUACUAAGUUGCAUAUAAUGUUGUGUCAAAGCCAACAGUGGUCUGAUCACUUUGGGAGAUCAGAUAGAGUUUACUUUUGCCUCACAGUUAGUCCUUUUCAAGCUGGGAAUACAAAAUGUUGGCGUUAGAAAACCAGAACAAAAACCCAUCCUGCUUGCUGGUCUGGGCUGACGUCUGAGGGCAGCUGCCUGUGCCGGUGUGCUCCUAGUGUCGCGCCUCAGUGUCUGUCUGUGUUCCAGGAGACCUGUUUUGCUCCUUCUGUCCUCUCUUCUUGAAAACGUGCCCUGUGCUUUUCCCACCAGGUGGGUAUCUUGACACUUGAGGCGGUGUCUUCUUUGUGAGUGAGAUGUUGAAGGACUGGUAGGGCUGACAGCCAGGAGUGGAGAUGUGGUUCUCAUUGGGAAAACACAGGGGAGAUCUGCACAUUUCUCAGUAAACAAGUGGGGUGACGUGGCCAGAUAACCCAGGCUGGCCGUGACAGGCCUCAUGUUAGCUGAGCAUCACCCAGCUAUGCGCUGCCCUCAUGCAGCUCUGUGCAGGCUCACCUGUGAUCAUGGCCAUGUCCCCACGGGGGUCCUGAAGCUUUGCAGUCUCUGUCACCUAGCAUGGUCCCUAGCUCUGGGCUCAGCUGUGCUCUCCACUGGGCUCUGCUCUCUGGCAGCCCACCCACCAUCCAGUUCCCUGGAGUGUCCACUCCAGGAGUGCUCCGAGGCAGGUCUCCAGCUCUCGUUCUCCCGAUGACCUUCUGGUACUUUCUGUAGUGUUGCGCAAAUUGUUCCAGUUUGAGAGGUAAGUAACACUGGGUGGCAAGAUUGUGUGAGGUCACGUUAUUGAAGUUUUGGUAAGCCCAGUCUGUCUGAAUUGUUGGCUCCGUCCGUAAGUGUCAUGUGAGAAAAUACAUUGAACGCGGAGUGUGCGGAAUUCAAGCUCACCCACCUGUUAGGUGAGGGCUGUCCAGUACCGUUUCCGUUUUUUCCCUGUGCAGGUUCAUGACAGGGGAAGAGAGCUGUGCAGCCCCUGCGUGUGCAGGGGGAGGCCAGAGCACCACUUUGUGCGCCCCCGUCUCGGGCCCUCAGCAGUGGAAGCGUCCUGGCCCAUCUCAGUCACUCUUCCUUCCCAGACACCCUUUUGCUCACACUUGAUCUGCCGUGGGAAGUGUGGGGUCUCCUGUUGGCCACCAGACACAGGAGCAACAAAUCCUGCUGGCCGCUGCUAUAGAGGAUUUGUUUGAGGAUGUUAGUUCUCACUGGAAGGAAAAGACAUCUUCAGUCAGUUAAUUUAAAUAGCUCCUUGGUAGUACUUUUCUCUUGGAAGAUGAAAGGUUCGUCUUUUAUUCCCGCUCCUUUCCCACGAAUCCUGUGUCCCUCUGCUGAAAUGUUCCCUGCAUGCUUUGUAGGCACAUCCUGAGAGGAUGAGGCAGAGGGUCACUGUUCUGCAAGCCGGCAAGGCCCAGCAAAACACCUGCCCCCAGGCAGGUAACAUGACGCUGUGCCCGAUGUGCCCCGGUUAGAAGUGGUUUCUCACAGCCUCCGUGUUUCCCAGGAUGCAAAGCGAUGCUCUCUGGGCAAGCCAACACUCGUGGGCAUCGUCUUAAUGUGCCCACGUUAGUUGGUUUCUCCCAGCAGGCCUGGGAUUUGUCGAGUUUGGAGGCCGCUGGGUGACGUCUGAAUCCCGUCUGCCUCUUUUCCUUGCUUCAUUUGUCCACGGACUGCAGGCGUUGAAGAGCUGCUCUCUGAGUGGAUGCGGUCAUUGUCACAGAGGCACGGGGGCACUCGAGAGAAGGAUGGUGCUGCAGUAGGAAGGCCUGGGUUCAGGUUACAGUCUCGGCUCUGAAGCCAGCGUCGUGACCUGGGCAGAUCACUGCUAGUUCCCAGUCUUGCUGGGCUUGUGUGCAGUGCAGAGAGGGGCUCUGGCUGCCUGUUCUCCCCAGCGUGUGGGGGAAGGAGUGAGGUACGCGCGCUGCUUUGUAAACUAUGGCGCUCAGUGUUGCAGGAUUGCUUUGCCUCUUAUUGUUGAAGUCCCCUUCAACCGGGUCAUGCCGUGGCCAAGUCCAGUGGAAGUGUCGUCUUAUGGACUCAUUAUUUUGUGAGGGUAUCGAGGCUGAGCGCAUUGCUUUUUCCAGAUACUGAGUCGCUGGUGUUUGAGGUAUGACUUUCAGAUGGUCGGAGCUUACUCGGAGGAGAGGUUCCUGUAGCCGUCCUCGGAGCACCUGGUUCCGUACUGUCCUGGACGGCAGUGCGCAUGGGGCGCCGCGGGCCACGUGAGCAGUGCCAGGCGUGAGUCAGACGACCCUUUUGUACUUUCUGCAGAUGGAUGACAAGCUCCGCCAGAGCCCUCAGCUGCCUCCUCGGAAACUGCCGACACUGAGGCUGACUCCGGCAGAGGAAGAAAGUAACUCCUUCCAGCGGCUGUCGCCCUGAUGGCCGUCACGCUUUGCGCGCCAAGUCAGAUGGUGGUGGUGGUGGUGAUGCACACUAGAGGUGUCGAGGCAGAGAGAAAACACCUCUUGUGGGUGUAGAGAAGAACAAAAGGAACCUUUUCUGACUUUUUAAAGUUAGGACGCCUGUGUUCUGGCUUGGCCGUGCGUUUUCCAUAAUGCAGGUGAAUGCUGAACAAGUUUGGUGGGCGGGGAAGAGCACUUUGUACUGUACAUAAAAGCCCGCUUUGCCUGCGGGCCACGUGUUGCUGACCAAAAGCUGAAUGUGUACUCCUCACUUAUCCCAGCUCAUUUGUUCAGUUUAUUAACUUGAUUUUCUUAGACAAGGCUGAAUUCUAAUAUGUGGCUGUUUGGCUGAGGCGUUUUUCCCUUCAGUUCAGAAAUCUGAUGCCUGUUAGAACAGGAAAAAUGUAAGUUACUUCAGUAGAAAAGCCUGUGUUUAACUGAAAAAGGAGGAAUACGCUUUUUCAUUAUGCUCUCCUAAGUGUGCUCUCCUAAGUCUGGGUCCAGUACCACAUCUGUCACUGUUGACGGCGGCCGAGGACAGCAUACUUCUGACGAGGUGCCCUUCGCUGCAACAGCGGUGUCUGCUGGCGUGUCCAGUAGAGAUCAGCAAGGGCUCUCAGCUUCCUGGGCCAACAUGGCGACUUUAGACCCGUGUAUUUGCAUUGCAUCUCUCACCCGCUCAUCUCUUUCCUGUCUUGACUCCAGGAAAACUGGAUGUGGUUGAGCAUCGUCACUUUGCUAGGCUGCAAAAUCCGGGCGCUCGCGCAGUGGGUUGGCAGGAGAGCAGAGACACCGCCUGCACCUGGCCCCAGGCCCCUGGCCCCUGUGUGGGGCUCGGGCCUCAUUGUUUCCUAGGGCGCAGCUCACACGGUCAGAAAGCCCCUGACACCAAUGAUUUUCCAUAUACUCUAGCUGCAGUUGAGGGAUCCGAAGGAAUAUCCGAACUGGCACAUUUUUAAGAAUAUUUCUAUUUAAUGGUUGUUGAGCUGUUGAAGGAUUGGCUGUGUGGCAGUUUUGCCUGUAACAGAAACUUGCUUAUUUUAGUGGUCGAGGUGCUUCUGCUGUCCUGCAACCACUUUGGGGUUUUUAAAAUGCCUGCGCGCGUUUUGCUGAGUGCAUUAGAAGAUGACCACGAUGCGCGGCCGGUCUCACCCAGUCCCUCGGCCACGCCGUCAGGAAAGCAAGCUCUGUAGUGAGGAGUCUGCUAACGUGGCCGAGUGCGCGCCCGUGUUUGGCCUCCACCCUCUUUAUACAGGAGUCUUCCAGCCUUGUAAAUAUUUCUUCUUGAGGGGUUUAAAUCAAAUGAGAAGCAGGUAGUCUUCAAAAUCUGCCUCAUCUGUUUGGGUGCAUUUAGGGAAAGUACCUAAUGAACCUCGCAUUACUUCUACGGCGGUUGCAUUCACGUGUGUGUGUGUGUGUGUGUGCCCUUUGUCUUCUAAGGCAGGUUAUUAGAGUCCAGCAAUCUGAAAUCUGUGAAGAUAUUUUAUACUGAAAAUCAUGACCAUGAGACUCUCUCGUUCUCUAGGAUUGAUGUGUAUUGGAGAAACGUGGUUAACACACUAAUCAGACAUCUGUUUAUGCUUUACUCAGGAUUAGUCAUUUUCAAUUAUGAUUUAUAGUAUGCCUUCCAAAAAGCAUUUGGAGUGGCUUAUAAUUGUAAAACAUAUGUAAAACAGGAGAAUUAUAAUUAGUUUCUGGAAAAAAAUUAAAAAGUUGUAGGAGAAAGAACUAUGGCAGCAUUACAGAUUCUAGAAUUGAAUGGCGAAUGUAGCUCCAAGUCAGAAGAUAAUGCUGGGCUGUGGAGUUUUUUCUUUCAAUAAAACUGCAUAUGUCCAUGACAGAGAAAAAGCUAUCUGCAUAUUUGAAGAAUGUGAGAGAUCUUGUUCUUAUGGCGUGCAGGCUUCAACCAGAAAUGUAAUGUUUCCUGUCCUGAAAUUUUAACCAAAUGAGGUCAUUUUAUAAUAGCAAGUAUUUAUCCUUUUCAGUGGAAGGGAUGACUAUAAAUAUGACUGAUUGGCUUUUUGGUCAUCCUUGUUUUCAGCUGCCUUUGGCCUUAUAUUACAUAGUCCAUGAAGCUUUAAGACUCCUUUUGCUAGGAAACAAAUGUGAUAGAGGUAUGGAUUUUUAUGUGGGGCUACUUAGUUGCGCUUUUGUUAUGGAAGCAAAUGAGAUAAAAGAUGUUAUAACUGAGCACAAAAUACGUCAGAGACCAGCUUUAGGAAGCUGUUGAAAGGAAGAAUUUUUCAGGCUGACCAGAAGGCUUGUGACGGCCUGGAGGGAGUCGAGUAUGCUGAGCUAAAUGGUCUACACUCUUACACACAGCAUUGUGCACCGCCGUCUUUCAGAGGUGAUGGUGGAGAAUAAUAGGAUAAAAGGGAAUGUGCUGGUGGUGGUUCUUGUUGACAGAGAAAGGUUGGAAAAAAGGGUCAGGUAAUUCCUCUGUGAUGCAUAUGUUCUGUCAACAAACUCACCUAUCAAUCAUCGGAAAAAUAGAUGGUUUAAAUAGCACCAAAGAAGCUGUAAAGAACAAUGAGGAUGGUCAUUUAACCAUUCUUUCUGAUGGUGUGUGACGGGGGCAGGGAGCGGGCCUUUGGCACAGGGACACCUGCCUCCCCUGUUGGAGUGCUUGGGUUUGAGUCCUGACUCUAUUUGUUGUUCCAACUUCCCACUAACAUACACCCUGGGAGGCGGCAGGUGAUGGCCUGCUGCCCGGUGUGUGUCUGCCGGCCAUAUGAGAGACCUGGGUUAAUUUCCAACUCAGAGUUUCAGCCUGGCCCGGCCUUGGCCAUUGGAGGCAUCUGGGGAGUGAGCCAGCAGAGAGGAGAGCUCUUUCUGUCUGCCUUUCAGACAUUUGGCAUUAGCAAAUCAAAUUUCAACUUAGGUGUUAGUACAUUUGUUGGGGUACUGGAGGAUUAGAGACUUCAUAGGAGCAAGCAUUUAAUUUCCAUUUGUAAUUUCUAUUCAUUUAAUAUUGCUGGUUGUAUUAACGUGAAGGGGUGGCGAAGGCUGUUUCAAUCAGAGCUAUAUUAAAAUCUUCACAAGUCUGUAAAAAUGGAAAAAGCUGAACAUCAAAAAAGGGCACAAAUUAGAAAAGCUAUUUGUUAUAGUAGUUUUGUGUGAUAAAAAUGGUAUCUGAGUUUGCUAAUGGGUUCCCUCAGCACUUCCUGCAAAAAUAUGCGGCUUUUCAUAAACUCAAAAACAUUAAUAUUUUAAAAUCCCACUGUAAAUAUAAAGACAGGAGGCUGGGUAGGGAGUGCACCAAGGUUGCUAUGCUAUUUUUGUUAUUUGCUGGGAGUCUAUCAUUAUUUAAAACAAAGUUUUCUUAAAAAAUAAAUUCAGUAGAGUAAGCCUACCAUUAUCUACAUAACUAUGAUUUGAGAUUUAAUGCUCCAUACUAUCUAGUUUCAGAUGAAUAAAUUAUAACAAAUUGAGUUAAAUUUGUUUCAUUCUUGAGUUUGAAUGAAAAAACAAAACAAGAAAUCCUCAGGUUUAUAACAGAUGCUUCUCCACAGACCUUUUUGGCCUUACUAGACAAACGGCCCAACACCAGGAACUCCUUUCCCUGGGGGUAGCAAAAGCCUGGGAUCUCCUGUUUCUGAGUCUCUUCCCCCUGGGCUGACCUCUGAGGGUCAAACGUGUUGCUCGCCCCUUGCCCGAGUCAGCCGGGCCACACUCGGGUGCAGAGGCCGCGACGUGUACGAUGCCUUUUGUUUGACGCUCCAAGGGAUUUGUCUUGGUGUGGUUGUCUUGUUUACUGAAGUCCUGAGUGGAGCCACAGAAGUAAUCUGCAGUGUGACGGUGGUCUUUGGAUGUGUUCUUGGCAUUAAGAAUUGGUUUUUGUCUCUUUUUUGCUGUUUUUCAGCUUGGUGGGAUGUGUUUACUUUUCAGUGUUUUCACAUUUCUUAAGCAGAUUUUUAAAGAAAUUUGUUAUUACAUGAAAUCAGAGGACAGAUCCAUAAUCUGGUUUUCCUCAAAGGUUUACCUGAAAUUUUGUUAGACCUUCAAAAUGCCGAUGUUCAAAACGCUAUAAGGAUGAAAUUUUUGCUUGUUGAUAUUUAAGGGCUUGCGAAAUUAAUUUAACCCCAAGCUCUUGUCUAUUGGGAUGCAGUGCAUGUCGGAGGCCUGGCCACCGGCCCUGCUCUUGCAGCCCUGGUGAGGGAGGCAGACAGGCACUCACAGAAGGGUUUUGUCCAGGACGGGCGCCAUGGAUUGCUGGUGAGAAUUCCCGUUCUCGAGCAGUGCUACUACGAAGAGUGACUUUGGGUUGAGAGAGUAGAGGGUGACGUUGUGAGAGAAGAUUACCCAGAGCAAAACAGCAAAACAAGUCCUUUUAGAGCCUCCUUAUCACUCCUCUGGAAUUAGACUGUAAGAUCUUUUAAAACAUCUUCUGAAUUCCCCAAGAAGCCGUUGCUCAAGGUGUGUCUUGGCAGAUGGCAGGGUAGCUGGAUGGGCUUCCACGGCAGGUUAGCUUCCAUGGCUGGUGAGGUAGGCCCUCCUUCUUGUGGACUUCAAGUAGGUGGCUUGUGUUCUGAGCCUCCGCUGGGGGACAUGCUUGCCUGCAGUGUUUGUGCUUGUCUGUGCUGGCUGGAAGCUUUCUUACUCCGAGGCCCCCUGCUGAGCAUGCUGGAGUGGGAAGAGACAGGCCAGGCCAUCCCCACGUGGAGCUGAGGCGGCAGACAGCCCAGUUAUUGAGGCACUGGCAGGCCACAGUGGGGGCCCAACCCCGGUGUGCGGGGAACAGCCGUCAGAGCUGGUGUGCUCAGAGGACUGGCAGGGCCCUGGGUGUCCUGAGACAGAAGGAAGCGGUUUGUAAUUCCAGAACAGUUUUCCCAUUCUUUCAUGAUUGCUUUUAAAGUGCCAGGAAGGCGGUGGGUUUGGGUAGCAGGAAAGUCACAUUUAAGCCAGUUCUGCCGUGCAUGUCAUGAGAAGUCUGGGGUUGCUUCAGGGGCAGAGUAAAGGCCGCUCAGUGUUUCAUGUUUCAUUCUGUCCCGGGAGGGGGUGGCCAAACAAGGACUGUGCGCAUGGGCACGUGUGUGCGUGUGCAUGCAUGUACACCUGCGUUCUCUGGGGCGGGGCUUGUGGUUUUCAUUACAUUCGCAGCAGAUUCUGCCCUAAAAAAUGUAGAUCUCAACAGGCCUCCAAAAGUGAGAAGGUUAACGAAAUACGGACAGCCGAUCACUGCACGGGAACGGGGCUGUUGCUGCCUGUUGCAGUGUACGCGGCUGUGGGUUUGCAGUCCUCCUGCUGGGCCUCACUGGGUCUGAGCUUCUUUGGUUUUGCGUCCCUGUGUCAUGAGGACCGUCCAGCCGCACUCAGAGCAGUUGGCUCUCUGCUCAGAUCCCUGAGUGUUGCCCUUUCAGUCCGAGAAAUGCCUUUAAUCAUUGCGUUUACAUGGCCUACGCCCUUGGAAAUCACAAAACGCGGCCUGCCAGGGACCACGGCAGCCUUCCGGGGGCUGUGCCCUGGAGCGGCCGUGCUGGCUGCGUCUCCUUCAGCGAGGGCCUCCUGGUCCUGUGGAGAGGGGCAGGUGCGCUCAGCCUUCACAGACAGAGGGGCGAGCUUUCCUCCUCAUCUGCCUCUCGUUUGUAUUCUGUGAAACAGGAAGUGACGUCCUCCUGUUUCUGUUCAUCUCAGAGUGGGCAUCUGUAAGGUAACGGGCCUUCGGCAAGACUGACAGUCGAGACAACAAAUAAGAAAUACACAUGCAUAUGCAUAAUGGUUGUUGCACCAUGCUUAUCUCUGAAUGGUAAACUAGUGUGCAAAUAUUAUAGUUUUGUUAUAAUCUCCGCGUAAGCAGCAUUGGCCAAAAUUCCAGUAAGCUAGCCUUGCCUAGUGUGAAUGUAUUUUACUCAGAGACAAUGCAUAAACACCCAGAGGUGGUGAUGGUGAUCACUGUUGUAAACAUUUUUCUGAUAAAUGGAUAUGAUGUCAGAAGUUAUUUUCUCAAUAAAACGUCAAACCGCC